UAGACAUGUUGGCAAGACUGAGUAGGCUACUUGGGAGAGAGAAAGAAGAGUGUAGACAGAGUGGAGAGAGGAAGAAAGGAGCUGGCAGCUGGUCUCAGUAUAAAACAAGAAAUAAACGGUCCUGGGGAAGGCUAAAAGAGUUCUGGGAAGGGGAUGGGUACCUUUCUGGGUAUGUUGAGGUCAAGCCUUCCAGGGGUAGGGCUCAAGAGCUGAGAGCUUCUGGGAAGCAAUGGGCCUAUCCUGCUUCUCUGGGUUCCUAAAAGUAGACCCAGAGUCAAGGAUUUCUGAUGGUCAGUUCAACAGAGAGCCAGGAAUGAUCAAGGCUGUAGCUGCUGUGCUGGGGGCCCUCUGUUUACCCUUUGAGUGGGACUGGAGGCACAGAAGGACUAAUGAGGUUUCAGUACCAUCACUGCAGUUCACACUUCUGGAUUCCUUUAGGUUGCAUGCCGCUAAUAGCAGGGAUAGGAAACUGCCCUGGUAAAGCCUGAGGUUCUCGUACUUUAUUACAUCACAGCCACUAGCAGGUCAGGAGCCACCUAAGCACUGCUGUCUGCCAGUGACCCCUGAGGUUUCUGUGUUCCCAGCUGUGGGUGGCCGUACAUCUCCAGUUUAGCUUGAGAGCUGUUAGAAGCAGUAGACUAGGACACAAAUGGUCCUCUUCCUGCCAUCUCUGGGUAUCAUGAGCUGUCAGUGAUGGUGGCUCUGUGAAUCUAGGGAACGAACAUGGUCUGCACCUGCCUGGCUUCUCCACCAAUAAGAGGGCAUGAGCUUGAGAUGACGGAGUUGGACGAUAAAGAGAUAACAUUGGACCUGCAGGAAUUUCAGAAGGAGAUUAUCGAGGCCUUGGAAAAGUGCAAGGAUCUGACUGAUAAAACUGUCCUCAACAUCUUGCUCGAGGGUGAGAAGGCUCUGCUGGAGAUAAUAUUCGAAAAGUUGCAACAGAAGAACAGAGAGCUUCAGGAGGAGGAGAUUCUUGGGCUGCAAGAGGGCUGUGAGAAGGUGAAGAGGAUCUGUGAGGAGCUCCUGAGAAGAUCAGAAACCUCUGGGCCAGGCAUCAGCAGAAUUCAGUGACCUAUGAUGAUGUGCAUGUUGACUUCACUAAGGAAGAGUGGGCUUUGCUGAAUCCUUCCCAGAAGUAUCUCUACAAAGAUGUGAUGCUGGAGACUUACAGGAACCUCACUAUUAUAGGAUACAUUUGGGAAGACCAUAAUAUUGAAGAACAUUGUCAAAGUUCUAGAAGAUAUAGAAGGCAUGAAAGAAGCCAAACUGGAGAGAAACCUUCUGUAUAUACUCAAUGUGACUUUGCAUACAAUAGUCAGCUUCAAAGUAAUGGAAGAAUGCAUACUGGAGAGAAACCCCAUGAAUGUAAUCAGUGUGGUAAAGUCUUUGCACAGCACAGUCAUCUUCGAAGACAUCAAAAAAUACAUACUGGAGAGAAACCCUAUGAAUGUAAUCAGUGUGGUAAAGCCUUUGCACAGCAUAGUCAUCUUCAAAGGCAUCAAAGAACACAUACUGGAGAGAAACCCUAUGAAUGUAAUCAUUGUGGUAAAGCCUUUGCACGUCUUAGUACUCUUCAAGUACAUAAAAGAACACAUACUGGAGAGAAACCCUAUGAAUGCAAUCAGUGUGGUAAAGCCUUUGCUUAUCACAAUACUCUUCAAAUGCAUGAAAGAACGUAUACUGGAGAUAAACCCUAUGAAUGUGAUCAGUGUGGUAAAGCCUUUGCAUGUCAGAGUUAUCUUCGAAAACAUAAAGGAACACACACUGGAGAGAAACCCUAUGAAUGUAGUCAAUGUGGUAAAGCCUUUGCACAACAGAGUAGUCUUCAAAUGCAUAAAAGAGCACAUACUGGAGAGAAACCCUAUGAAUGUAAUCAGUGUGGUAAAGCCUUUGCACAGCAUAGUCAUCUUCAAAUGCAUAAAAGAACACAUACUGGAGAGAAACCCUAUGAAUGUGAUCAAUGUGGUAAAGCCUUUGCACAAUAUAGUAAUCUUCAAGUGCAUACAAGAACACAUACUGGAGAGAAACCCUAUGAAUGUAAUCAGUGUGGUAAAGCCUUUGCACAUCACACUCAUCUUCAAGUGCAUACAAAAACACAUACUGGAGAGAAACCCUAUGAAUGUAAUCAAUGUGGUAAAGUCUUUGCACGUCACAGUAAUCUUCAAAUGCAUAAAAGAGCACAUACUGGAGAGAAACCUUAUGAAUGUGAUCAGUGUGGUAAAGCCUUUGCACGUCACGGAACUCUUCAAAUACAUAAAAGAACACACACUGGAGAGAAACCCUAUGAAUGUAACCAAUGUGUUAAAGCCUUUGCACGUAAGAGUAAUCUUUUAAAGCAUAAAAGAACACAUACUAGAGAGAAACCCUAUGAAUGUAAUCAGUACGAUCCCGUCACAGCUGUAGCUAUAGCCUGACCUCUGAGUCAGGGUACAUUUUUCUCCAAAGCUGUAACAUUUGCACUAUGAAAUGUUAGACCCUUGAAUCUUGUAGCAGGAAUUACAGAAAGUUGUCAAAAAUCUUACCUUGAUUCUGGGAAUGAACAUUUCUUAACUGCCCAGCCAUGUCUCUAGUGCUUUAAAUAUUUUAAAGCCUAUUUAUAUCAUUUUGAAGUCAGGAAAUCGGAACAAACUUACACAAGAGAAAAACCUUAUUUAUAUAAUUGAUUUGGUAAAGACUUUAGACAUCACAGUUGUCUUCAUCUUCAAGAAAAAAAUCACAUUUCAUUUAUUUUUAAUCAUAGCCUUGAAGGAAGUAAAUUGCUUACCAUGUUCACUGAAGACUGAUGGUGGAAAUCACUGCAUUGUGGUUUCUAUUUUGAAACAUCUGAGGUAGAUACUAAAGUGUGCUUAUAUGUGUGGCAAAUCCAUUUAAUUUAAGUUUAUUUUAUGGUCCUUAUAUUCCUUCUGUGGCUUUUGUUAAUCUUCUAUUGUGCUUUUACUUAGUGAUAGGUAUUUUUCUGCUGUAAUGUUUAGAUUGGUAUGCCCAUCAUCUAAGUGGUCCAUUGUUUAUUUAAAUAUCAGGCAGUGUGUGAUCAUACAUUUCAAGUAAGGAUGUCUGUAAAAGGAUGGUGGGUUGUUUCUAGUUUUGUUUUUAUAUUUUCACAAAUUCCCUUGAGAUUUUGUUGUUUGUUAUUCAACCUUUCUUGUAUGUCAGUAUUGAUUCAGGUAUACAUUUGAACUCAUGAUCCUCAUGUGUCUGCCUUUUGAGUACAAGUCCGAGGGUAUUUGAUGUACUCCUAAUGUGUGUUGUUUUGUCAACACAAUUUAACAAUGUUAAUGUUAAAAUGCUUAA